CCCGCAAACAACUCGUCAACCCCAGCUCCAGUGCGCCACGGCACAAGGGAAUCUCCUUCCUCGAACCAACAGGCGAAGGAGGGAAGGAGGAGGAAUGGGAGUACGAAUGCAUCAUGCCGGAAGAAGGCCUGCAGUGUGCGCGAGAGAUGAGGGUGGAUCGCUAUGCAGAGUGCAGCGCGCUGACGGGGGAGUUGCUGUGGGAAGCGACGCAGGAUAUUACGCGGAUGGCGGCGGGGACGACGGUUGAUUCAGGGGAGAAGUGUGUGGGGAUGUGA